CUUUAUUCACCUGUAAUGUAACAUGGGCUUAAACGUAAUUUAAAAUAAAUUAUCAACUAUUGUGAUCUAGCACACAUUUUUGACAGCUAGCCAUCAAUUAUAAAAACAAAACCAUGGUCGAUCCAAAUCGUAAAAUAAAUCGUCUUACCGAUAAAGACAUCGAAUUCCUGGACGAGUGUGAAGAAGAAUUUGCCUUCCGUUUCACCGAUGAAGAUGAAGAAUUCGUCAAAUACUGUUCACAACCUUUGCCGGAUCCACCAGUUGUGGCCAACUGGGGUGACAAUCGCCCAUUCAAUCGAAAUCAGCACAAUAAUGGAAGAGGUGGUGGUGGUGGGAAUCGCCGCUGGAACAACAAUCGCCAUCGUCCUUAUAAUGAUCAUCGCAGUGGUGGCGGCGGCGGCGGUGACCACCGAAACCACAACCGAGAUCAUUACCAAAGACGGGACAAUAAUUGGAACAGAAAUAGAUAAGAUUUUGAUAUAAUUUAUUUUUUAUAUUGAUUGUUUUUUAUUUGCUCAAAAAUGAGAGAAGAAAAAAGAAUACUUUUUUUAUUAAUUAAAAUGUUUUGGUCAAUCCAAAGCAACAAGAAUGGACAAAGAAUAAAAGUAAAAAGAUGAAAAGAAAA